CGCAGUGGCGGGAAUUGAAAGGUGCCAUGAAUACGUCCAAGCACCUCCCGUGGGUCGAGAAGUAUCGACCGAAGACUGUGGACGACAUCUCGCAUCAGGACGAAGUCGUGAACGCGCUGCGCACGUCGAUUGCCAACGGUCAGCUUCCGCACUUGCUCUUCUACGGUCCGCCCGGGACAGGCAAGACAUCUACGAUCAUUGCCGUGGCACGUGAGUUGUUUGGUCCCAAGUUCCGCGAGAACGGUCGCUUCCUGGAGCUGAAUGCGUCAGACGACCGCGGCAUUUCGAUCAUUCGGGAAAAGGUCAAGUCGUUCGCCCAAGGCGCGAUCUCUGGGUCGUCCACCAUGCCCCCGUUCAAGAUCAUCGUGCUGGACGAAGCCGAUUCCAUGACGAACGACGCGCAGUCGGCGCUCCGUCGCAUGAUGGAAAACUACUCCAAGGUGACGCGGUUCUGCCUCAUUUGUAACUACGUCAGUCGCAUCAUUGAGCCCGUGGCGUCGCGAUGUGCCAAGUUCCGCUUCCAGCCGCUCGAGAAGGUAUCCAUGACGGCGCGCAUCGAACACGUAUGUCGAGAAGAGAAGAUUUCCAUCACCCCCGCCGCCACGACGGUGCUGCUCGACGUGUCUGGCGGGGACAUGCGCAAAGCCAUCAAUUUCCUCCAGAGCGCCAACCAAUUGAGCGGCGAAGACAUCUCGGAAGACGCCAUCUUGGCCAUUGCCGGGGUGGCCCCCACAGAACUGUUUGACCUCAUGUGGCAACACGUGGCCAAAAACUCGUUCGACCGACUCAAAAACGAAGUGGACGACAUCAUCUACAGCGGGUACCCCGUGCUCACGAUCCUCCACCAACUGACCGACCAAGUCGUCCGCCACCCGUCCAUGGACAUGUUCAAAAAAGCCAACGUAUGCCUGCGUAUUGCCGAAGCCGACAAGAAACUCGGAGAUGGUGCCAGCGAGUACAUGCAGCUCCUGGACGUGGCCGCGUUCCUUAUGCGGACGUAUCACGAGUAAUCACAAAUAGCACACACAAUGCUCA